AUGACAUUACCACAUACAAGGAUAACUAUUUCAGACGAUCCUACUAAUGCCUGUCUUCACAUUGGUGCCGCUAUGUUUGAUAUCACAGGACCUGCUGCUGAAGCAGGAAUGUUUGGUUAUGCUAAAAUUGGUCAAUUAACAUUUGGUAUUCACAUGCGUCUACGAGCUCGCGCAUUUGCUUUUUAUGACUCGCAGGCGCAUACACACUGUGUCUUUGUAUGUGCUGAACUUGGGAUGGUGUCGGAGUGGGUCACACAGACAGUGAUGCAUAGACUUGAGACACAUUCAGAGUUACCAAAAGGCACGUACAAUCGAGAAAAUGUCAUGCUAAGUGCUACACAUACACACUGUUCACCUGGUGGAUUAUCACACUACUUUAUCUACAGUGUUCAUCCACCUUUACGUGGUGCAGAUAGACAGAAUUUUGAGUGUGUUGUAUCUGGAAUCGUAGAGGCAAUUGUUCGAGCUUACAAAAACUUGCAGCCAGCAACGAUUCGAGUUUCUACGGGACUUUGUCUUGGUGCGUCUGUGAAUCGAUCCAUUGAUGCCUAUUUAUCAAAUCCAGAAGAAGAACGAGCGCAAUAUGAGUACGAUACGGACAAGACCAUGACAUUAUGGAGGUUUGACGGACUUGACGGAUAUCCUAUUGGAAUGAUUAAUUGGUUUGCAGUCCAUCCAACAAGUAUGGGCAAUUGGUACACGUUGAUUACGGGAGAUAAUAAGGGAUAUGCAGCAUAUGAAUUUGAACGGGAGCAAGGAACGAAACACUUGAUGGACAGGCCGAGAGCAUUUGUGGCGGCCUUUGCACAGAGCAAUGAAGGAGAUGUAAGCCCAAAUAUUUGUGGACCUAGACAUCCGUGCACGCAACACAAGGAUUAUGAGCGAAUGGUGACAGUCGCAAAUGCACAGCUAGUUAGUGCAAGGAAGUUGUAUGCUGAAGCACUGAUGACACCACCAAUUGCAGGAUGUAUCAAGUUUGCUCAUGAAUACGUCGAUUACUGCAGUAUUAAGCUUCAGAAACGUUGGCAAUUAAAUGCUGGGUGCCCAACAUCGACUUCGUCUGGGUGCAUUGGCCUCUCAAUGGUCAGUGGCACGGAGUUUGACGGUCGAGGUGUGCCAGUGGUAAAGGAAGGGAUUCGAUGGGGGAUGUAUCCAAAGGUGACAAUUCUGCCGGAACUCCAAUCGCUGCAAAAGGAGAAACCGAUCAUUUUUCCGACAGCACGCUACGGAAUGUCCCCUAAAAUUCUGCCGCUUCAAGUAUUUGGGUUUGCCAAGUGUUUGCAUAUUGCAGCUGUGCCCUUCGAGAUGACGACAAUGGCUGGUAGGCGUCUUCGAGCAUCACUUUACGCCUGUAUUCAAGCGUUGUCACCGAGGGACAAGGUAAUACACGAACCCGUUAUUGCUGGACUUACCAAUGCGUACUGUGGCUACCUGGCUACAAGAGAAGAGUACGCUGUGCAGCGUUAUGAGGGCGCAUCCACUCAUUUUGGUCCCAACCAGCUGGUAGCCACAUGCCAGCAGUUUGAAAUCCUUGCAAAAGGUAUGUACCGCAGUCGUAAAACCAAGCGUCACAAUACCACGCAUGACAAUACCAAGCAUCACAAGACCAAACGUCACAAAACCGAGCAUGGGCAACAGUUGCUUGCCAAGUUUGGGUUACCACCUCCGAGCAUCAAGGGAAUGGGCAUCUUGGACUACAAUAUUCCCGUCAUUCAUGACGGCGUAGUCUCCGGUGCAUCAUUCGGUAGUGUUGUUGACGGUGCUAAUGCAUUGGCAGAAUACCGAUGGGAAUCUACGGUUGAAAUACGUUUUCACGCUGCGCACCCGAAGAACAAUUUGCGAACGCAAGGUACAUUUCUUGAAGUACAACGCUGGAUGAUAGACAAGAGUCGCAAUGGUGGAGGCAUUUGGGUACUUUACGCGGAUGACGGCGACACGAAUACUACUUUUCGUUGGGUGCGCCAGGGUACUUUCCGAUCCAUCGUAACCAUUGAGUGGAGAAUUCCGGAAUCCACUCCUAGCGGAAAAUAUCGCAUCAAAGUUAACGGCGACUGCAAGCAUCUGCUUUGGCGAACUGUGACUCCUUAUUCUGGUGUGUCGUCAACUUUUCAAGUUGUAGGUCCAGGUGCUGCUGCUUGA